AUGUCAAACCCUCUUGACGCACCUGAAACUCCUUCUCCUGAAGCAUCGACACCCAUUUCUGAAACGACUGAUUCACCAUCUCGUGAGCCGUUGGCUAUAGAAGAUUCUCAGCCUCCAGCCCAGGUGGAGUUGGUUGAAGAAACGGAGGAGAUACAGACCUUGGAUCUGGGAGAAGGAAAUGUGAUUAAACUUGAUAGAUUAGGUCCGAUGAUCAUCAAUUCUGAUGGAACUCUAUCUCGUAUUCAAAAUUGGCAAGACCUUCAUCCGAUAGAGCAGGAACGUACGGUACGAUUAUUAGUCAGGAAGAGGAAUUUGGUUAGACUAAAACAAUUGGAUAAAGAGAAUAGGGAAGGAGGAGAAGAAUUGACAGCUUUAAAAGACACUAAAGAAUAG